AUGGAUGCUUUUACUGCUGACCAUCACGAAAAUCUGAAUGCGAAAGAACCGCCCGCCAGCGAAGAAGGAUCAAAUAAUAUAAGCAGUGAAAGUUUACAGCGAGAAGAAUACGCAUAUUUAGAUUCCACCGGGUUUACUUCGGAACUGUACAAAAUCGAAGUUCGUGGACUUCCUAAAUACUAUGGCAUUAGUGAAUUAAAGAAACUACUAAACGUGAAGAUGAAGCUAUCUACGAAUAAGAUUAAGAUUAUGAAACCUGGUAGCCCAUUUAUCUUUAUAUGCUUUCGCAAUCAAGAGGAUCGUGAAGCGGCAAUAGCGGCUCUUGACGGCUUCAAAUGGAAAGGAAAAAAACUUUCUGCUUUCGAAGCAAAACCUGCAGUUGAUCCAUUGGUUCGUAGGCGCAAGGAAGCUUCUGAAGGGGGGGAUACUAUGAACGUGAAACGUCGUUCCGUGGAAUCUUCAGCUACGGCUCUUGCUUUCCUUCCAUACGAAGAUCAGCUUCAACAGAAGCAAUCAGAAAUGGAGAACGUGCUUCUGAAGUUUGGCAAGGAGCUCUGGUCCAACAUUCCAUCGUUGCGAUCUUUCGUAGAAAAUCAACGAAAACUGCAUAGAGGCCUUCCCUGCGCUUUUGAACCGAUUCGUUCGUCUCCGCUGCAGGACGGCUAUCGUAAUAAAUGUGAGUUUUCUAUCGGGAAAGAUUCACAAGGUAUCAAACGUGUUGGCUUCCGUGUAGGAAGUUAUUCUAACGGCUUUUUAGAAGUUGAAUCUGUAGCUCACCUAAAGCAUAUCCCGGAUAGAAUGAAGCAUACCGUGAUGUUAUUUGAACGGUUUGUCCAAGACUCACCAUUAGAGGUUUACAGCGCCGAGACGUACAAAGGGCACUUUCGACAGUUGACCGUGAGAAUAUCGCAUGCAUCGGGUCAAGUGAUGGUAGUUGUAGGCAUUCAUUUGCAGUCAUUAUCAGACGAAGAGCAGAAACUAGUGAAACAAUCAAUAAUUGACUGCCUGACAUCUGUGGACGGUAAGAAGGCUGGUAUUAGUUCAAUAUACUUCGAAGUAAUUCAAAAACGUCAACAAGGACAGUAUAACAAUCCGAUCGAACAUUUGUACGGCGAUACACAUAUAGAAGAUACAAUUUUGGGUUUGACAUUUCGCAUCAGCCCGCAAGCUUUUUUCCAAAUUAACACACCUGCGGCUGAAGUGCUAUACCAGUGUGCCAUUGAUAUUGCUCAUCCGGACAAGAACACAACCAUACUCGAUAUUUGUUGUGGAACUGGGACAAUUGGUUUAUGCUUUGCCCCGCAUUGCAAACAAGUGCUAGGAGUGGAUAUAGUCGAACAAGCUAUUGAAGAUGCGAAGUAUAAUGCUAUUCGGAAUGGUGUGGAAAAUUGUAAAUUCUUUGCUGGAAAUGCUGAUGACUUAAUAUUGUCUUUGAUUAAAACAGCAAACAUUAUGCCGGAGUUCUCUGAAUCACUUACAGCGAUAGUUGACCCACCGCGAGCUGGCCUUCAUAUGCGCUCAAUCACCCAACUCCGGAAUGCACGAGGGUUGAAUAGGCUAGUAUACGUUUCAUGUUCACCGCAGAGCGCUAUCAAAAAUUGGGUAGAUCUCAUGCGAGAUUGUUCAAAGCAACUGCGUGGAGAACCUUUUACUGUAAAGAAAGCUAUAGCCGUCGAUUUGUUCCCACACACACCACACACGGAACUCAUCGUAUUGUUUGAACGUGAACCGGAAGCAACAUCGCUUAUGCCCUCCCUAAAGCAUACUGCAUCAGACGACCCGGCGGCAGAUGCUCAUGAUGCAGAGGUGGGAGAAACUAAAUGA